AUUAAAUUAUAUAUGAGUUAGACACACUAAAAAUUACCAUCAUUUGAUAUUAUACGAGUUGCUGGUUCAGGUAGCUUUGGUAAGUAUUUUCAAUGAUUUUAGGUUAUGUAUUCGAAGCAUAUGAUCAUAAUAGAAAAUAAAAAGUUGCUCUAAAGAGAAUUGAAAAGGUUGGAACACUUUUAAGUAGAGAAUAUGAAAUUUUAUUUGAAGUUAAAGAAUGUGAACAUAUAGUUAAAAUUCUUGUAUGAAUUUAAUAUAUAAGAAGGAUUUAUUUUAUUCUAGGACAGAUGCGGGGAAAUUAAUUUAAAAUAUUGUGUUUGAAUAUAUGGAAGAUAAUCUUGAAAAUAGAAUAUAAACUUUUAUAAAAUAAGGAAAGACAUUUUCUGAAUUGACAAUAAAAUAUUACAUAUAUUAGAUUUUAAAAGGAUUAUAGUUCAUUCAUUAAAAAGGGAUAGCUCAUCGAGAUUUAAAACCGUAAGACUAAAUACUUAAAUCAAUAGUGAGAAUAUUUUGAUAAACAAUAAAGAUGUAGUAAAGUUAUGUGAUUUUGGAAGUUCUAAAUAGAUUACAUCUUAAGGACAGAAUACUCCAUACAUAGUAUCUAGAUAUUAUCGUGCUCCUGAAUUAAUAUUAUGUUUGACCAAAUAUGGAGUUUCAGUUGAUAUUUGGGCAUUAGGUUGUAUAAUGGGUGAAUUGGUGAUAAAAGAGGCUCUGUUUAAAGGAAAAAGUGAAGGAGAUCAAUUAUUUGCAAUAUUGAAAGUGAUGGGAAGUUUUAGUUAAAGUGAUAUAGAAUACUUUAUAAAUAAAGUACCUUUUGAGAAUAAAAUGAUAUUUAAAGAAUUAUGUAGGUAUAAAAAAUAAAAUCUUAAAGAAAAAUUUAGUUAAAUAAAAGAUUUAGAUAAUUAUCUUGAUUUAUUAAAGUAUAAAUAGAGUUAAUUUAUAGAUCGAUGUUAUAGUAUAAUCCUGAGAAGAGAAUCAAUGCUAAAGAUGCUUUAAAACAUCCAUUUUUUAAAGAUGUAGCAAAUGAAUGA